AAAUCAUUCCAGGAUGUUUGCUGAAAUUGAUUGAAUGUGUGUAAAACUAAACAAAUAUUCACUCCAGGAAGGAAAGAGUUACAUUUGGUGACACUGCAAACCAGCUGACUGACCACGUGACUGUGCGGAAGGUUCAUCCGGGGCUCAGUCAGAAGCAGCAGCCCCGCAGAGAGCAGCCGGCUGCGGCUGUGAGAACCUGAAGAGAGCCGCUGCUGCUGUGGAGGAGCCUGACACAGCUUCUGCAAACCCAGCUGACAAAUACUCAAGAGGCGCCAAUGAGAGGCCGUCUGAGGCUCUGGGAGAUGAGAAAAACAUACAAAGUCAGAUGGUGCUGAUUUCUGGAGGAGAGUUCCUGAUGGGAACGGACAACCCAGGUGUCCCUGCAGAUGGCGAAGGCCCUCAGAGGCUGGUGCACGUGGACUCCUUCUACAUGGACAUCCAGGAAGUCACCAGCCAACAGUUCCAGAGCUUCGUCAAUGCCACAGGAUACAUUACCGAGGCAGAGAAAUUUGGAGACGCAUUUGUCUUCGAGGGGAUUUUGAGCGAGAGUGUGAAAAACCAAAUCACCCAAGCAGUGGCUGCUGCCCCCUGGUGGCUCCCAGUCAAAGGAGCCGACUGGAGGCACCCUGAGGGUCCAGACUCCAACAUCACAGACAGGUUGGACCAUCCUGUUCUACAUGUGUCCUGGGCGGAUGCGGUCGCCUACUGCUCCUGGGCCAACAGGAGACUUCCCACUGAGGCAGAAUGGGAGUACGCCUGCAGGGGCGGCUUUAAAGACAGACUUUAUCCCUGGGGAAACAAGUUGAACCCGAAAGGAGAACACUACGCCAACCUGUGGCAGGGGGAUUUCCCCAACCAUAACUCUGCAGAGGACGGAUACAUCAAAACGUCACCGGUGAUGUCCUUUCCCGCCAACGCUUUUGGCCUGUAUGACAUGACGGGGAAUGCGUGGGAAUGGACCUCAGACUGGUGGACCGUGCAUCACACCACAGACCAACAACACAACCCAACGGGUCCUCUGUCGGGCACAGACAAAGUGAAGAAGGGAGGCUCGUACAUGUGCCACAAGUCUUACUGUUAUAGAUACCGAUGUGCAGCUCGUAGCCAGAACAGUCCGGACAGCGCCGCCUCUAAUCUUGGUUUCCGCUGCGUCUCCCAGGAGCAACGGUGACCUGACCUGCUCGUCUUAAACACAUCUAUUCCAGCUGCUCUCUAACCCCAAUGAAAGGAAUUCAAUAGAGGCGUUCUUAUGUGCCAUCUCAAUGACGUGAAGUUGAGAACAUCUUCUGUAAACUUUUAUAACUUUCUAUUUUUUCAGAAUGUUUGUUUUCAUAAGUAAUUAAUAUAAAAGGGAGUUGUUCCUACGGCGUUGUUCUCUUUACGCCUCUGAGCACAGGUGGAGAGAGAAACUGAAUAACUCAAGUGAUUGUUUCUGCUCGGGUCAAAGAAGUUAUCAGUGGCACAGAUCAGAGCGGUCUUGUAAAUGUCAAAACAAAUCUGGCUGAGAUACAGACUAAAAGUCCGUGUAAACUAUACUGCCGAUGUAAAAUGACACUGUGAAAUUGCUGCAAGAUUAUUGUGAAUUAUUGUAAUAUAAUUUUUGCAAUCACUGAUAAAUCUGUGACAAAUGGGAUCCCUAAAAGAUUUCCUGAUUUUCCUUUAUUUCAGGAUUUUUGUUUUGCAUUGUGUGAAAUGGCCGUAGCCUGAAAGUUGGCCACAAUAAAAAACUUUUAUUUGUCUUAAUGUGACUCAAAGUAUUACACUGAAUUUGUAUGGGAAACUUUAGGUUUAGUUAAUUGAUGCUAAACCUAAAGGUGCUACUUUGUUGUUA